GCGAUUCGGCCCGUUCAGAGAGAGAUGCAAAAGAGAGAGCAAAUCAAGCUGGGCGGAGCUGCCGGCGGCUCCGCCCCUCCCGCCGCCAAGAGAGGCCGUCCAAUCGGCAGUGGAACCAACCACGCCGCGUUAUCUGCUGUAGCGACAGCUGCGGCCGCGGCUUCUGGUGAUUCUAUCGCACCCUCCAUCCUCCUCGGGCCCUCGCUACAGGUCCACUCCGCAUUCGCCGAGCAGAAUAACAAAAGGAUAGUUAUGGCUCUUCAAAGUGGAUUAAAGAGUGAGUUGACAUGGGCAUUGAAUGCUCUCACAUUGCUUUCAUUCAAAGAGAAAGAUGAUGUCCGAAAAGAUGCCACUCCUCUAGCCCGGAUUCCUGGAUUGCUUGAUGCUCUACUUCAAGUUAUAGAUGACUGGCGUGACAUAGCUCUACCAAGGGUUCUCACAAAGACACCAAGGUCGAGACUGCUGGGUGCUAAUUCUGCUGUUACUGGAUUUGGGAAUGAUUAUGAGACUGUCAAUUCCGGUGAUUCUGUUCCACAUCCUACUGCUGGCUCUGGUUCUUCAAAUAAAGAUCCAUCUGCCCAAAAGAGUACUUCGAAGUCUCGCCCUUCAGGUUGGUGGUUCGAGGAAGAUGGCCUCUUUAACCUCAAUGAUGAAGGGCGUGCAGAAAAGCAGCAGUGUGCUAUAGCUGCUUCAAAUAUAAUUAGGAACUUUUCUUUUAUGGCUGAGAAUGAACUCGCGAUGGGUCAGAAUCGUCAUUGUCUUGAAACAAUGUUCCAGUGUUUGGAAGAUUAUGUUACAGAAGAUGAAGAACUCGUCACAAAUUCCCUUGAGACAAUCAUGAAUCUGGGCCCAUUGCUAGACCUCAGGAUAUUUAGCUCAUCAAAGCCUUCGUUCAUCAAAAUGACAGAAAAACGUGCCCUCCAGGCCAUCAUGGGGAUGCUCGGAUCUGCUGUUAGAGGCUGGCAUUGUGCAGCUGCUGAACUGCUUGGCCGCAUGAUACUCAACCCUGAGAACGAAUCUUUUCUCAUGCCGUUUGCUCCACAGAUAUACAAGCGAUUGGUUGAUAUUAUUAGUUUCCCAGCUGGCGACGCUCAAGCAGCAGCUGUUGGUGCGCUAUACAACCUUGCAGAAGUUAACAUGGACUGUCGGCUGAAACUAGCUAGUGAGAGAUGGGCAGUGGAUCGGCUUCUCAAGGUGAUAAAAACACCACACCCGGUGCCAGAAGUCUGUAGAAAAGCAGCGAUGAUUCUGGAGAAUCUCGUACUGGAGCCUCAGAACAAGCCAGUGCUGCUAGCAUACGAGAAUGCGUUUGCAGAGAUGCUCUUCUCUGAGACAAGGUACGCUGACACGUUUGCUCGGAUAUUACAUGAAUUGACAUCUCGACCCAGCAACAAAAUCACAUCUGCUCGUGGUAUUUGGGGCAUGUAAUAGACUCAAACUGUAAAGUGUGGCUUCUUGCUUUAUCUUGGACGUGUAUCACGCUUAGUAAGUUUCUUGAUCUGGAUAGCUCUGCUCUGUAAUGUUAUUACACAUUCACCUCUUAUCUUUCCUUAUAUAUAUGGUCUCUCCCAUGAA